AUGUCUCUCUCCCCAUGCCGGGCCCAGAGGGGCUUCAGGGCUCGCUCUGCCUGUUCUUCCCCCUCGGGGGGCCGCAGCCGGGGUGGCUUCAGCAGCAGAAGCCUCAGUCCCUUUGGGAGGUGCCCAGGGGGCUCCCGGGGGAGGGCCUGGGGGUCAGGCAGAAGGCUGGGGGCACAGCUUGGGGAGGGGAGUGGUGGGCCCGGGCUUUCCCUUUGCCCCCCGGGGGGCAUCCAAGAAGUGACCAUCAACCAGAGUCUGCUGACUCCCCUGAAGAUUGAGAUGGACCCCCAGUUCCAGGUGGUGCGGACGCAGGAGACCCAGGAGAUCAGAACCCUCAACAACAAGUUUGCGACCUUCAUUGACAAGGUGCGGUUCCUGGAACAGCAGAACAAGGUCCUGGAGACCAAAUGGCAACUGCUGCAGCAGUUGGGAAUGAGUGGUGGCCCGUGGGGCCUGGAGCCCGUUUUUGAGGGCUGCCUGGCCCAGCUCAGGAGGCAGCUGGAGCAGCUCCAGGGAGAACGAGGGCCUCUGGACGCUGAGCUGAAGGCCUGCCGGGACCAGGAGGAGGAGUAUAAGGACAAGUACAAGCAGGAAGCCCACAGGCGCGCCACACUCGAGAAUGACUUUGUGGUCCUCAAGAAGGAUGCCGAUGGGGUUUUCCUGAGCAGGAUGGAGUUGCAAGCCAAGCUGGAGACACUUAGAGAGUACAUCUGCUUCCUGAAGCGUCUGUAUGAGGAAGAGCUGCACCAGCUCCAGACCCAGGUCAGCGACACGUCCGUGGUCCUCUCCAUGGACAACAACCGCUGCUUGGAUUUGGAUGGCAUCAUCGCUGAGGUCCGCGCCCGGUACGAGGAGAUUGCCCGGACCAGCAAGGCGGAGGCCGAGGCCUUGUUCCAGACCAAGUACCAGGAGCUUCAGGUGUCUGCCCGGUUUCAUGGGGAAAGCAUGAAGGAGACCAAAGCCCAGAUCUCCAAGCUGCGCCAUGACAUUGAGAGGCUGCAGGGUCAGAUCGAGAGCCUCAAGGGGCAGAACGCCAACCUGCAGUCAGCCAUUGCAGAUGCUGAGCAGCGUGGGGGGCUGGCCCUCAAGGAUGCCAAGAACAAGCUGGAUGAGCUGGAGGCUGCGCUGAGAGCAGCCAAGCAGGACAUGGCGCGGCAGCUGCGUGAGUACCAGGAGCUGAUGAGCACCAAGCUGUCCUUGGAUGUGGAGAUCGCCACCUACCGCAGGCUGCUGGAGGUCGAGGAGUGCAGGAUGUCUGGGGAGUGCACCAGCCAGGUCACUAUCUCCACGGUAGGAGGCAGCGCUGUCGUGUCUGGAGGAGUUGAUGGAGGCUUGGCGGGCACUUGCGGACUCAGAGGCCGGAAAGGCGGCUUUGGGUCCUGCUGCUCCAGCAUCGUGACUGGAGGCUCCAAUGUCACCCUGGGAUCUGGGAAGGGCCCUGAACUGGGUUCCUGCUCUGUGUCUGGCUCUGGCUCUAGCUCCAGCUGCCAUACCAUCCUGAAGAAGACGGUUGAGUCAAGUCUGAGGACAUCUGUCACGUACUGA